UCUCAACAGAGAGCAGAAUUUUGUACCACACUUUUCGGAUACUUUAGGUAUCGUAAUCCAAUCAUUUGAAGAGCAUUAAGGAUAACUGAAAGUAGUAUAUGGAUAAGAUUGGAACUUCUACUUUUUUAGACAUUGCUGAUGAUGAAUGUUAAUAAAUCACUUAUUAAAGCCUAUGGAAGUCCUAAUGUAGCUAAGAUUUCUGUGUUUCAUUGAUAACUCCUGGGAAUAGCGGGUUUGGGCUUAUCUACAAAUUAAAAUUUAUGAAUUUAAUUGUUCCUUUCACCAACCAGUUCUAAUCAUAAAUAUGGGGAGACAAUAUACCUCAGAAAAAUAGGGAUUUAUAUUUUUGAGUUUUGGAUUUACUUUUGUUCAUCUGAUUAUAGUGGUGUUCUGUGUGCACGAUAGCAGCCGCCAUCUGAAAUCUGAAAAAAUUUAGACAAAAUGUGCUCUGAGGAGUCUUGAAACCUUGAGGUCUUUCAUUUUUCCCCUCUUUUGAAUCAAAUAAUGACUAUAAUAUCUUUCGAAUUGUUUCUUAUCAGACUUCUCUCAGUCUUGUGGAAGGUUUACCCAUAUUAUGCCUCAAUUUUUUUUUCACUGUUGCAGUAUAGAAUUUGACAGAGAUGAUGAAUUAUUUGCUACUGCUGGAGUAUCAAGGCGUAUCAAGGUUUUUGAGUUCUCAUCGGUGGUUAACGAACCAGCCAACGUGCAAUGUCCUGUUGUGGAAAUGUCCACACGAUCCAAACUCAGCUGUUUAAGUUGGAACAAGUACACAAAAAAUCACAUAGCCAGUAGUGACUAUGAGGGCAUAGUAACUGUUUGGGAUGUGACUACACGUCAGAGUGUGAUGGAGUAUGAGGAGCAUGAAAAACGAGCUUGGAGUGUUGAUUUCUCACGUACGGAGCCUUCAAUGCUUGUAUCUGGGAGUGAUGAUUGCAAGGUCAAAGUUUGGUGUACAAACCAAGAAGCGAGUGUUCUGAAUAUUGACAUGAAAGCCAAUAUAUGUUCUGUCAAAUAUAAUCCCGGAUCUAGUAUCAACGUGGCAGUUGGUUCUGCAGAUCAUCACAUUCAUUAUUAUGACUUGAGAAAUACUAGCCAGCCGUUGCAUAUUUUCAGUGGGCAUAGGAAAGCUGUUUCUUAUGUAAAAUUUUUAUCAGAUAACGAGCUUGCUUCUGCAUCUACCGACAGUACAUUGCGCCUCUGGGACGUUAAGCAAAAUGUGCCGGUACGCACAUUUAGAGGACAUGCGAAUGAGAAGAAUUUUGUGGGUCUAACAGUAAACAGUGAAUAUAUAGCCUGUGGCAGUGAAACAAAUGAAGUGUGUGUCUAUCACAAGGCUAUUUCAAAACCAGCAGCUUGGCAUAGAUUCAGUUCUGAUACUGAUGAAGCCGAUGAAGAUGCCAGUUUAUACUUCAUUAGUGCUGUUUGUUGGAAAAGUGAUAGUCCGACCAUGUUAGCAGCAAACAGUCAAGGGACGAUUAAAGUCCUUGUACUUGCUCCUUGAUCCAUAAAACUAAAUAUUGAAAAGCUGUGAAAAUUUUACUUGCAUUACUUCUCUCUUUAGCCUGGAAUGUCCAGGUUAUGGAGUAGCCAUUCCUUGUCUCAUAAUUUGUUGUUAUUUUUGAAUUUUUUGUAUCUGGAAUUAGCCGUUGUCGCCAAAAGGAUGGGCAGAGUUUUGAAAAUAAGAAGGUUAUAUGUCAGUAGACGAAUAAAUAGAUAUUAGUUGUAAAUUAUACGUGUUUAUUCACUUUCAUGAAUGUUUGAAAGUAUAUGCUUAUUUCC